AUGCUGUUCAUUGACUACAGCUCAGCAUUCAACACCAUAGUACCCUCCAAGCUCAUCGUCAAGCUGGGGGACCUGGGCCUCAACCCCGCCCUGGACACCAGUGGAGAAAGUGGAAAGUUCCUCGGGAUACACAUCAACGACAAACUGAAAUGGUCCAACCACACAGACGGUGUGGUGAAGAAGGCGCAUCAGCGCCUCUUCAACCUCAGGAGGCUGAAGAAAUGUGGCUUGUCACCCAAAACUCUGACUAACUUUUUCAGAUCCACAAUCGAGAGCAUCCUGUCAGGAUGUAUCACAGCCUGGUACGGCAACUGCUUGGCCUCAACCGCAAGGCUCUCCAGAGGGUGGUGCGGUCUGCACAACGCAUCACCGGGGGCAAACUACCUGCCCAACCUUGGCAUCUAUAGCACCCGAUGUCACAGCACUGACACAUGGCAACAACUUCCAAGGCGAACACCGCAAUUUGACAAUCGUCCACGCUUUGAACAGCCUCCACUCCAACAAACAGUUUCAAGGCCAGUUCGAGUAGAAACUGUCGCUGUGACGUGCCAUUCAGACUACAUGGAGAUAAUCGUGAAGGCUGAUCUGUUUAAACUCGGUAAUCUAAUCGACGUGGAUGACCUGCGACUUGGAGUUGAACAGUACCAAGACCAAGAGCCGUGUAGGGCUACAGCUUCAGCAGCCGGAGAUGAGUACAGAAUAUUUGCAGCACUUUCGGACUGUGGAACCAAGCACAUGCUGAACGAAGACUCAUUGAUCUACGCAAACCUCCUCAGAUAUACACCCAGAACCACACCAGAUGGCGUUAUUCGAAUGGCUGGUGCUGUAAUCCCAAUUGAGUGUCAUUAUGAAAGGAAGUACAGUUUGGACAGCUCUUCUCUCCAGCCGACCUGGAUCCCUUUCACCGCCACGGUGUCUGCUGAAGACACCCUGCAGUUCUCAUUGAAGCUUAUGACAAGUGACUGGCUCUAUGAGCGGGGUUCUGGAGUCUACUUCCUGGGUGAUCCCAUCAACAUUGAGGCGUCUGUCAGGGUUGCUCACCACACCAGGCUCAGGGUCUUUGUUAGCAGCUGCGUGGCCACACUGGACCCUGAGAGCAACUCUGUCCCCAGAUAUGUCUUCAUUGAGGGUGAUGGGUGCUUGUCGGAUUCCCAGCUGCCUGGUUCCCGCUCUGGUUUCAUGCAUAGGACCCAGGACCACAAGCUCGGGUUCCACAUUGAUGCCUUUAGGUUCUACCAGGAGGACAGGGCAGAGCUGUACAUCACCUGCCACCUUAUGGCAGUCCCUGUCAUGGACCAUGCAGAGCCUAGCAACAAGGCAUGCUCCUUCAUUGAUGGCAGAUGGAGGUCUGCUGAUGAGAAUGAUUUGCUAUGUGGGCGUUGUCCAAGCCUGAGUAGACAGAAGGGGGUUGAUCAAGCUCCAGCACAACGUCCCCUCAGUCCAAGACGAGGUGGUAGCCAACUUGAACCUCGUGUCUACCUCAACAAACCCCCAGCCUCUGGUGACAAUUGGAGUAUUGGGAUGAAGGCCAAGAAAGUAUGGGACCAGGAUGCUACUUUGGGCCCCAUGAUGGUCCUCCCAAGUAAACAGAAGAGUACACCUUUAUCUCCACGGACGAGUGGAGGUAUCGAUAUACCUGGCUUCUCUGCUGGCAGUCGUUCGCGUGGCAUGGACUUCAAGACAGAGCUGGAGUUGAUUCCUACACCUGAGCCCUUUGGAGACCUUGAGGUUACCACAGAGAAAGAGGGUCUGGGUGAAGAGGAGGAUCAGUAUGAGAUUGGAACCUAUUGA